UUGCUACAGCUGUUUGGCAGUGGUUUUCACUCCAGCAUAAAUGGUUCCCAUGAUGCUAAUCAAUUCAAAACGUUUCAAAGAUUAAUCACCUCCCUUGCCUCUUCGGCUCUAUUUGGGAAAAGAAGUUGCCGAUAUCUGUUAGGGGAGGGGUCAGGAUCGUUGUCUUGCUGCAGCUGCUCUCAGGGAAUCAGAGAGCAGCCAGGCUGAGUUUGCUGAAGCUGUUUCCAGUCACAGCCAUAGCCCCCAUUGCCCCUGGCAAUUUUAAGGGGUGAAAAAGCCAGGACUGCUGGAGUGAAGAGGAGAGGGUAGUUUGCCAGCAUUCCUGCUAUGAUCACACAGCACCUGCCACUCCGCAACGAAAUUCAAAGAGCAAUGGACUGCCCAAGCAGAGAGAAGGAGCUUAAUGAACAGCAGUCUGAAUGUCAGGAUGAGUCUAAUUGCCCUGACUAUUCAGAAUCCAAUUCAGAAUCACCAAGAAUUCUUAUACUGCAGAAGUGGAUUCCUACAGUUUCUCCCUAUUUUGACAAGGAGCAUUAUUGUUAUGCAGACCAUCAGAUCACUAUUCAAGAAUCAUUAGACCACUUCGGAGCUAUAGUAUGGCCCGGUGCAUUGGCUUUAUCUCAGUACCUGGAAUCAAAUCAACAAGAGAUCAACCUAAAAGACAAAAAGGUACUUGAAAUUGGUGCUGGAACAGGACUGGUAUCCAUUGUGGCUAGUAUACUAGGAGCUUAUGUUACUGCUACUGAUUUGCCUGAAGUACUUGAAAAUCUCAAAUUGAAUAUUUCAAGAAAUACACAAAACAUGAAUACACACCAACCUGAAGUGAGGAAGCUGGUAUGGGGAGAAGAUCUCAAUGAAGACUUCCCUAAAUCAACUCACCAUUAUGAUUUUAUUUUGGCAAGUGAUGUUGUCUACCACCAUACCUCUCUGGAUCCAUUACUAACAACAAUGGCAUAUUUAUGCCAGCCAGGGACAGUAUUAUUAUGGGCAAAUAAGUUCAGAUUCAGCACAGAUUUUGAAUUUUUAGAGAAACUUCGCAAUAUACUAAUCGUUACACUUCUAGCAGAAUUUCCAGAAUCAAAUAUCAAGCUGUUUAAAGCCACAGUAAAAGAGAAUUAAAACAAUACAGUCACAAUUCUGAUGCCCUUCAAAGUUUGAGCUUUUAAGUUUUAGUACAUAAUGCACACUAAGUGCAUUAAUGUCCAUAAACCUGUCCCUGAGUCUUUGAAUUUUGCACUUCAAUAAAGGAAAAAUUAAGAUGGAUGAUAAUAUCAUGACACUACUUAACAGUCUGAUUUGUCUCAUAAGCUUAUAUACAUGAUUUACUCAAGCAAAUCAAUUUAUUGCUGCCAGAGGGUCCACAGUAACAAAACACAACCAGAAGGUAAAGCUCCAACAUUUCAAAUCAACUAUUAGAUCUAGCUAUACAGUAAUUUCCCUCGUUAACGUUGUCGUUAUGUUCCUGAAAAAUGCGACUUUAAGCAAAAUGAUGCUAUGCGAAACCAA